UGUCAAUUGAGAAUAGGAGUUCUCGAAGUUCCAAUGAGAUGCAUUGUAGAAUGCAUGCUGCACGUAGUCCAUGAACUCCAGCAUGGCUAGGUAUUUGAGCAACACUCAAGACGUUGCUUCAGGUAACAAGGCCGCUGCACGUUCGAGUCGUCCUUUCAAAGAGCUUCGAGACGGUCGUCUCGAGCUUCAAGAAGAAACAUGACCGAGGGCGGCCGCUAGCAGACCCACUAAAGUCUUAUCGCCGAUAAGCAAAAAAUAAAACUUCGAGACGACAAAAGCGCAUGCGAAAAUCCCCCACAUCCACCAACCUCCAACAUCACAAUGCCUAAAUCAAAGCGCGCAAAAGUCGUUCACCUCACGAAGGUCGACAAGAAAGGCAAGGAGUUGACUCUGAAGCUCUUCGCCAAUGUUCGAGAAUGUCUCGAUCAGUACCAAUACUGCUUCGUCUUCUCAGUCGAGAACAUGCGAAAUACGUACUUGAAAGAUGUGCGCGCUGAGUUCAGUGAUAGCAGAUUAUUCUUUGGCAAGACAAAAGUAAUGGCAAAAGCCCUAGGAAGCUCCCCCGAGGACGAAUACCAACCAAACACACACCAGCUUGCCAAAUUCCUCGUUGGCAAUGUAGGACUCAUCUGUACCAACCGAGAGCCGAGCGCGAUCAAGGAGUACUUUGAUACUCUGGCGAAGACCGACUUUGCACGCGCGGGCACACCUGCUGCGAGAGAGUUCACAGUUCCUGCGGGCGUGGUGUAUUCCUUAGGUGGAGAAAUUGAUGCCGAGCAGGAUGUGCCAAUGGCUCAUAGUUUGGAAGUCGAGUUGAGGAAACUCAACAUGCCGACUACGUUGAAGAAGGGAAAGAUUACAUUGGACAACCCUUACACCGUUUGCAAGGAGGGAGAUGUACUGGACAGUAGGCAGACAAGGUUGCUGAAGCUAUUUGGUGUUGCAACAGCUGAGUUCACCGUGCAACUCAGGGCAUACUGGAGCGCGGCAACGAACGAGGUCACUGAUUAGAGGAGGCAAUGGAGGAGUAAAAGCAUUAAGUGCUCAUGUCCUGUUUUCUAUCGUAUCUUACAUUCAAGGGGAUCAUGGCCGGCGUUAAAGCGGGACUACCUUUUCUUAUAGGAAAAUCAAAGAGCAAUUUUACUGCAGGGCUACCUCGUCU